AUGUCCUCGACUGUCCCGAUUGAUGAAGAGAAAAACAUCGACCAGACCGACGUGAACGUUCUGGAUAUCCCUUCGACUGAGUUGUCGCAAGACAAGCUGGAAACUUACGAUGUGGCGGCUGCGUUUCUCGCUGGCAUAGCCAAACGACCUGACGCUGCAGAACUCCUAGCGCCCUGGACCCCCGAGGAAGAGAAAGCGCUUAAACGCAAAAUCGAUUGUAUCGUCAUGCCUCUGCUGUGGCUCGCGAACUUGAUGAGCGGUACUGAUAAGGUUCUGCUCGGUACAGCCGUAACCUUUGGUUUGAGGACGGACUUGAAGCUAGUAGGCCAACAGUAUUCGUGGGCGAACAGCGCUAUCUAUUUCAGCUGUAUUUUGUUUGUCUUUCCGCAGUCAUUUAUAUUUCAGAAGUUCUCAAUUGGCAAGACUAUUGGAGUAAAUGUCUUCAUGUACGGCAUCACUACUUUCGGCACAUCGGCAGUGAAGAAUUUUGCAGGUUUAAUCGUAUGUAGACUGCUUUUGGGAGUUUUCGAGGGUGCUGGGCAUUCUGCUACUGGAAUGGUAAUUUCGAUGUGGUGGAAGACAUCUGAGCAGCCAUGGCGGACUGGAAUAAUGUUCAGUACGCUCUCAUCGGUCGUCAACGGUCUUCUUUCUUACGCUUUACAAUUUUAUGACCCUGGUCCCAUCGCUCGUUGGCGCCUCCUUUUUGUUAUCAUGGGAUGUGUCUCCGUCUGUGUUGGUAUCGCCAAUUACAUUUUCAUUCCUGGUAAUCCAGCCCAGGCGUGGUGGCUUAAUGAUAGGCAGAAAGUAAUUGCUAUUCGAAGAGUUGCGGUAAACCAGACCGGGGUGAUGAAUCACAAAGUCAAAUGGAGCCAAGUCAAGGAAGCUCUACUCGACGUACAAACCUGGUUAAUCUUUGUCAUCAAUGUCAGCUUGAAUAUCCCGAACGGAGGCUUGAUUGGGUUCAAUUCUUUGAUAGUCCAAUCACUUGGUUACAGUGUGAAAGAAGUUACCCUACUUGCAAUUCCGACAGGAGUGAUCAGCUGGUUAUCCUCCCUUUUCUUCGCUAGACUUGCUACAAAAACGAGACAGCCAUUGUUAUGUGUCACAGCUGCUGUGUUGAUCUGUCUCACCGGGACGAUCAUGCUCAAACAGAUUCCGAGGUCCAAUAAAGGUGGAUCUUUAGCUAGUUUGUUCAUCAUGUAUGUAUACUGGGCUCCUUACAUUAUUAUGGGUUCAUCCAUUUUGUACCACAACAUAGGUGGAACAAGCAAAAAAAUCGCAGUCUAUGGUAUCAGCUACUGGGGUUACUGCGUCGGCAAUUUGAUUGGACCCCAAACUUUCCGAGCCAAUGAAGCCCCGUUGUAUAAGAGUGCUAUAAUGUCGAUGCUUAUCUUCUAUUGUUUGUCAAUCCUCUUCAUUGCAAUUUACGGUUUAGUCUGCUGGCAGUCGAAUAAGAAGAAGGAGAAGCAGGAAGAGGAAUGGCGAGCGACAAGGCAAGAAGGUGAUGUCGCGGAGGAAUGGAAAGAUCUCACCGAUAAGGAGAAUCCUCUUUUCAGAUAUAGCUAUUAA